AUGGACAUAAUGCCCGGAGUAUCGCCGCUGCUGUGGGCCCCGCUCUUCCCACCACAGUUCCAACCACUGCCACCGCCGCAGCCCCAGUCGCAGCCCCAGAUGCAGCUACAGCAGCAGCAGCCGCAGCUGCAGCAGGUACUGCUACCCCAGCCGGAGCUGCGCCAGCCGCUGAUGCCCCGCCCAAGCCCGUUCGGACCGGCACAGCCGACUACCAGUUUCGUGCCGGUCCUCCCACCGGCGUUAUUUGGUCAGAGCCUGCUGGGUCAGCAGCGAGGGGCGUCUCCGCCCCCGUCGCAGCCGCCACAGCAGCUGCCGCCGCCGCCGCCACAGCAGCUGUCGCAGCCCGUCAUCCCGCCACAGCUGCAGCAGGCACCGCAGCUGUCGCAGCCGCCGCAGCCCGCCCUCUCGCCGCAGCUGAGGCUGUGGGCUCUGCUGCUGCUGCAGGCCCACCUUGCCGCUCAGGCGCGGAUGGCGGCGCAGGCUCAGGCUGCCGCCCCGGCGCAGGCGGGAGGAGCAUCGCCUGGCACUGCUCAGCAGACCUUCCAGCCAGCCUCGUCCCCGCAAAAUGGCUUCGACGAGGAUGAUGUGCCGACUCAGCGAGAAACGCUGCGGCCGGGACGUGGCUUUUUACCAGCACCUGUAACGCCAGUGCCGCCAGCGGAAACCGUCGAGGAGCCGGAAGAAGUCGAGUCUCCCGACCCAUCCGACUCUGAAGGUGACGAGGACGACGACACGGAGGAGUCUGACGCCGAUGAAGAAGAGCCUGUGGAGCAUUCGGAAGAAGCUCCGGCCGUGCAGCCCAGGGUAUAUUGA